CAAACAAAACGGCAACAGCACUGAGACACCAAGUGAUCCAGCGAGGACGCUGGUUUGGCAUAGAUCAAGUGGCAGUGAAAAUUUAUGAUCUCGGUUUUCUAUCGGCUACAACGAUCUUCUACUUAAGUAGUUCUUCCUCCUACGGCAUUAUCUAUUUUCGCCAAGAGUAUGACUUCUAUGACAAUGACGAAAGCAGGAACGAAGAUAAAGUUUCCCACCGACGUCAUGUUGAAAGCAAUCAUCACCUCGUUACCAUAUUUCCAAAAGAAUUUCUAUAGGAGGAGGAGUAUUUGAAAACGGACAAACAGCGACCCUUUUAGCAGGCCAAAAAAAGAGGAGAAUCGCAAAUUUGAAUAUUGGGACGCUCUCUAUUGUUCCGUCACCUUACUUAGAAUUGAUAGUAGUCGAUUUUUCGGGCUUAUCGGCAUCAAGCUUUUUCUAGUUUGGUGGUCCUAGCUCCCUUGUUACGGUUUGAUGAAGAAACUUUUUUAAAAGAACCACCUAGAACUACAUCAGAUCGAGAACAAGAUGGUGUUGUUUUUCACGUCGCAAUUUGAUCCCUCGUGGGUUGUCUACUGUGGUGUGGACAAAUUUGAGAAUGAGAAGUUAUUGCAAAACGGCUUCCCUGAGGAUUUGUGGUUUCACGUGAACGAUUUGUCGUCAGCCCACGUAUACUUGAGGAUACCAACCGGGAAAUGGCGGAAACUCCUCGACAUUUGCUACCCACCUCACGGUAUACCUGGUAAGGGACCGGAAGGACUCUCGAGGCUGACAGAAGAGGACUACAGAAAAGUCAUCCCGCAAGAAAUCAUAGACGAAAUGUGCACGCUGGUAAAAGGCAAUAGCAUCGCAGGGAGCAAACAGUCAGAGGUAUUAGUUUUGCAGUCUCGUGUUAAGUAAGUAGUGAGAAUCUAGCAUUCAGCUAUGUCCAGCAUCAGCAGCAUCACGACGUAGCUACGUACGUAAAGAACUACGACGAGUCUGAACAUUAUCUUCAAUUGUAGCAGGAAUACAAUUUAAAUUUAUAGAAUCCAUGGUGUGCAAGUGCAUGUCCAUGGGUGUUAAUGUCGCUAAUCUUCAAAAAUAAUAGGUUGACGUUGUAUGGACGCCAUUUGCAAAUCUGCGGAAAGAUCAGCAAACCAUGGACACCGGAACCGUUGGAUUCGUGAACGAAAAACAGUGUUUCUUCGUGCGCCGCUGUCCCACCAAUCGCGAUUUGUUGAAGAAAUUAGAGAAGAGCAAGAAGGACGUGGAUGUCGACCUUGCGGCGAAAUUGGAUGAGCGGCUCAAGGCGGAAAUCAGCUACCGAAAGCAGAAGGUUGCAUCGGCAAAGCAAGCGGAGAAGGCGCAAGAAAAAGAACGGGCUAGGGAAAGAGAAAUGAAAUCGUACGACAACUUGCAUAUGAGGAUGGGCGACUGCACGACAACGAACGAUUUGGGACCAGAAUAUACGGGAACCAUUGACGAAUGCCGCGAGAUGGAAGAAGACUUCAUGUAAAAAUCUUUAGUAAAUCUAGCUGGCACUACAAUCACCCCUUUCCACGACUGAUUCACUUGUUACGCAACCCGAAUUGCUAACUGGGACUUUCUUCACCCGAAAGUGACCUUUCUCUCUGUAGCUCGACAGGAUACAAGAUUUUCUCAGGCCUCUUAGUACUACGACCGGGCACCGACUCGUCGUGUUCCAGACAAGGCAACAU